GCUAGUCAGAUAAAGCAGCUAUCUGGCGUUCACAGUUGUUACUGCAAAUCCGUGGCUGUGUGUUAGCAUCCAGGCUCGCCAAUUUAUAUACGAUGUUUCAUGUCUUUUUUUUCCCUCCUUUCUUCAGUAUGAAAUAGUACACUGAGUUUGUAGAUCCCUUUUUUAUUUUGACUUUCUGGUGGUACAAAGUAGUAAAGCUGUUAAACUUUACUACUUUUAACCAAAUUUGUGCGCGCUGGGCGAACGCAGAGUUUGUGGAUGAAACAUACUUGCGAUGCAUAUUUUAAAGAGACUUUUUUUCUCGAAACUCCCGACCAAAGCCAAGAAAGACUGGGUUUCAAAAUCACAGCAUCUUAACUGUAAUUAGGAAAAAUCAAAGUCUCCUGCGGCAAGAGUUAACAUGUCUGCCUAAGUGCAAUUUUUUUGUAUUUGCGCUUUAGCUAUAUGGUCAGGAUGACUAGCACUCAGCAGUGCAUUUAUACAGCUUUUGACGUUAUUUGACACUUACCAAAUUAUUUUGAGAUGCCUGUAGCUAUUGAAAAACUCUGACUUUGCACUGGUAAGUGCAAAUGUGUGCAAUAUAACAAACACCAUUAUAUAGCCACUUUGGCACAAUGCAAGAAGUUUUGGGAACGGUAGGCUUAAAUGUCGAGCAUGCUUAGGAAGUAACUUUGCCUCCAAGCCCAUGGAAGUAACGGUCGAGGUAUGAGUGAGGGAUACAAGUUAAUAUCUGUUUCCAUUGGACACGUUUACGUUUUUGGGGGGUGAUGAGAGAUCUGUCCAGAGUGCUGGAAUGUCAACACUCAAAAUUUGAUCAUGUGAGGUCUGAGUAUGCUAUAUAGGUAGACAGUAUUUUAUCAAUCUCAUAGACUUCACGUGCAUUUUUGUUUUUGUAAUCACUAUCAUUGUUCACUGGUUUGUGGUAUGCCUGAUAAAUUGUUUUUACUCUGUACAAUCUGAACUGUAUUUGUUUGGAAAAUGAACGUGUGAGUGGUGUUCAGGUGUUCAUAUAUUUAAUAUACAAAGGUUAUAGGUUCAAAUCCCAGCAAGCCCACAUAAAUUUUAACCCUAUUCUCUGCUGUGAAUUGCUUUGAAAAUUCUCAUUAUCUGAAAAGAAAUGUGUAGUGCAAAAUCAUCCAACAUGAUGAAUUCUGUUUUUUAUUUUUUUUUAUUUUACACGUUUUGAUUUUUUUUCCCACUGUUGAUUUUAAGUAAAUUCAACAAUGUCAUGCAUUAUGUACAACAUUUAAUUCUAGGUCAGUUGUUUGUACCAGUUUUGAUGCAUAUUUUUACAAUGAAGCAUAAUGUGAUGGGUAAAGCACUUAAAAAGCAAAGUCAUCUUAUAAAAAAGGCAUCCAAACAGGAGACUUUGAGGUGUGGGUGUAAUAAGGCCUUGCUGCAUUCUCCCCAUCUGUCAGAGCAUGAAGCUGCCUUUGAUUGGUAUGAAUGCUGUCCAAUCAGUUGAUGCCAUCUGGCUGUAGUGUCUUCUGAUUGGUUUGGGCUGCUGGGAGGAGUAAUUGUUUCAUUUCCUAUGUUGAUAGUAAAUCACACGAGUCAUUAGAGUUUAUCUGGCUUUAAAUUGGCUAGCCUGUAAUUAAUAAUGGAGCUCAGGUGUUUAGACGAUUCAGAAAGUACUGUGAUGAAUAAAAUCUUGUACUUUUUACUCUGAGCACUGAUGUCCCAGUCUGUGAGAAGCAUUAAUUGCUAUACAGGAACAAGCUAAGUUGACUUCUUUGAACGUUGCUGCAAUAAAAGAUGUAUCAGCUUCCUGUGGAAAAUUUGGAAAGAAUAAGAAAGCCAAGAAAAUCAGUAAAAAAUAUUCUGUAUGAUAUUGGACUUGACAGCUGUAAAGUCUUACUGGAGGAGCUUCAGAACUCUGACACUAAUGAGAAAACUUUCCAUGACACUGCGUGGGUGGAUUUCACAGACGGCUUUAACGGAAAGCGCCGGAAAAAGUGGCGCUAUCGCAGUCAGGCCCUGUGCUGCAACCUCUGCCGGUUCUCUGCGCGGACCUGGAACGGCUACCGGAACCAUGUCCAGCGAUGGCAUGCAAGAGAGCUGAGCCUGGGGCAGCUCAUCAACUGUCCUGUGUGCGCAUUCGUCGGGCACCCGAACGUCCUCGCCAAGCAUUUAAGAAUCUUCCAUGGCACCUCCACGAAGUCCGUUAUGCACGGGCCAGCGUCCACGUCGGCACCUAUGGUCACGGGUAUCGGCAACGUGGACCGGUACACAUGUCGAAGAUGUGCUUAUCAGGAUUCCCUGCUGUAUUGCAUGAAGAAGCACAUCUUGGUGAAUCACUACGUCUCGCUGCUGGACCGUUACUUUGGACAGCGGACUGAGCGCGAGCAAAACGCCAGCAAUCCCAAGGGCUCCAAGUUUUACUGCAAGGUGUGCCUGCUCUGUGCUGAGAGCUCAGAACAUCUAAUCUACCACAUACUGUCGUCCGAUAAGCACAAAGAGCUGGAUGUGCACAUUUCCACCUUGGUGUAUGAGCACCCUAAGAGCGCGAAGAAGCAGCUGCCCAGUUUAGCACCUAAGGCUAUGCAGCAACCUGUCUACAGUACUUCUCUGGUUCCUGCGAAAAACGACCAUCAGGCUGUGAAGACUCUGGCUCUUCAGCGGUCCGACGCAGGUCCCGUCACCGGUGCGACCCUGAGCGGCACGAUACUGCAUGGGACUCCUCAAAGCACGACUACUCUUGUAUGUGCCCCGGGGACGAACCAGGCCUUUCUGCCGGCCCAGGCCUCCGCUCUGGUGCAGCUGGCCAGCGCAGAAGCCAAAGGCUUGCUGCGACCUGGUUCGGUGAUGGCCGCUCACCAGAACGUUCAGCCGACGAGGGGCAUUGUGGCCACGCUGCCCACCACGAUGGGUCUGGCCAGCCCUCUGGCUGUAAAUUCAGUGGGUGCGUCCCUUUCGACUCUUUCGCAGAACGCCCCCAAGCCUCUACCCAUCGCUGUGGGGGUACCUGCACAACCGCAACCUAGACAGGUCCUGUUACCCCCAGGUGUCCAAGUCAAUGUCCAGGGGAGCAUAGGAUUGCGAGCACCGGGGCCGCCGCCGCUCCUGGUGACUCAGAGACUCCCCCUGAACCAGCCCCCCCCCAGGGGCACCAUGCUUACGUCCCAGUCUCUCCUCAGCCACCUCAUCCCUACUGGCAACAAAGUCAACGGCUUGCCCACCUACACCCUGGCGCCCCUGCAGGUCACCAUGCCAGUCCAGUCUGGCAACAUUCAGACAAUCGCCAAAGGAGCUGUGCCCGCGGUGGCAGGUAAUCCCACCGUCCUCCCACCACCAGACAAACCCGUCGCCGAAUCCAAUCUCAUUUCCCCUCCUGCUUCCAAAGAAGCCAAGAAGUGGAUCACGUGUCCGAUUUGUAACGAGCUUUUCCCUUCCAAUGUCUAUCAGGUGCACAUAGAGGUGGCUCACAAGGCAGCAUCCAAAAGCAAGUUGCAAGGAUUAGCCGCCCGCGCACCCUUCUUAAAGAAGAUGCCAGAUAAGACCGUCAAAUGCCUGAUGUGCAAAAUCCUGCUGUCGGAAAAAGGUCUCUUUGAACACCUGCUCCAUGGCUUGAACUGCUUGUACUGUCCUGGAAUGUUCUACUCCAUAAAGCAGCUAAUAGAACAUACCAACACUGAGCACACCCCAUCACAGAAGGCGAGUUGUGACUUCAUGAGGCGGGAGUAUCGGCUCUACACUGACGACCACGGCAAUCUCCUGUUUCCCUAUUUCGACAUAAACACGACCGCCCCUAAAGAGCUGCUCGGUGACCAUGAGCUGAACUUGGCUCUCGUCACAGGGUCGCUAGAUCUGAUCUUCCUGAAGAUGUUCCCGGCAUCUGUCCAGCCGGUGUGCCGGUCGGUCAUGAAAACCACCAGCACCGACUGUCCUUUCUGCUCUGAGAAACUUCGAAGUGAGGAUGCUUACCAUGAGCAUCUGAAACUGAAACACUGCAUAAUGCCCACCAUCCAUGCCAUCCUGAAGACCUCUGCUUUCAAGUGUAUUUACUGCAGUGGAGUAUACACAGGGAAGACCACGCCCAAGGCCAUCUCCAUCCAUGUUCAGCGCUGCAGGUGUGCACCCAAGACCGCCAAAGAUGUAGAACGGCUAAUAAACCCAGACCCCAAAAAUCAGACAUUGCUGACUGUAAACAAGGCUGACCAGAGACUCUCUCUGGUCACCCGGCCACGGGGCUCUACAGUAACUUCAGCUCAGCAGUCUCCAGAGAAGGACUCUGACAGACAGAACAAACUUAGGCUGGAGAUGGCCGUCAGGGAGGCGAUGGAGGCCAACAAGAGAGAGCGGGAUGCGAGGGCAGCCAAGAGGCAGCAAGUAGAACCACCGAGGAACGCCGUGCAGCCCGAUCUCUCCGUGCCUCUUGUGCUGGACCCUACAGGAGUCGAAAAGCAUUCCUUCGAGGAGCGGAAGGAUUUCCUCACCGAAUAUUUCAAUCGGAAACCUUACCUGAGCAGGCAGGAGGCCGAGGCCCUGGCCAGCCGCCUCUGGUUACACAGGGGAGACGUGGCCUGGCACUUCGGCACCAAGCGCGCCAGGUGCAUGAAGGCGAUCCGGAAAAACCGAGUCGCGAUUCUGCUGGGCUUCAACAUGGCUGAACUGAAGAAGGUGAAGCACGACCUUCUCAUCCCGAACGUCGGUUCAGAGAAAACUGCUGCUUAAAUAAGUACUAGCUGACUGUUUGUUUAAAAAAAGAAAAAAAAAAUACAUGUGUAUAGUAUAUAGAUAUCACUUUUCUAUAAAAUAUGUGGCAAUGUUUCCUAUCAGAUGUGAAGUAUAUUAACAGUUUAGAACUGUGGAAAAAUUCACGGGGGAAAUGCAAAUGUUACAUGCUGUAAUCCUUCAUUUCUGCAUCUGUCUUGUAUAUUCAAAAGUUUGAAUCUAAGUUGGCUUUUUUUUUUGUUUUUCAGCAAUAAUUUUGAAAUGACUCAUUAGUUGAAAUGUACCUUGUUUACGAUAUAAGAACCUGCGUUGGCCAGUGUAUUCCAAUUAUCCCAACUAAUGCGUGUUGUUAUAACACACUUUUAUGUUUUACAUGUGAGGAUUUUUUUUUUGUAUUUAAUCUUAUUAUCGACAAUUAAACCCAUAUAUUUAUUUUCUUCCCGCUUCAUUUUGGUGGCUUAACCAAAAUUUUUAAAAAGUAAAGCACAAACUUUGCAGAUCCAUUAACGAAACAGAAUUGCUAGAUGGUGAUAGUGGCAACUUUUUUUUAUAUAUACCUGUCAAGGACGACUUCACUAAUCUCACACCGUAAAGGUCUCACGCGCUACACGUUUCCUGUGUGAUAGGCGAGCUUCUCUUCCUCUCACCCUGUAUUUGUAGCGUGUGCCAUGUGUUUGGCAAACGCAAGUCUCUGUGUCACCAGCUGAACAGCGAUGGCACCAUUAUCGAGUUUAAAUCUCAUGUCACUUUCAGUGGUGCUUGUUGUAAGUUGUUUAGGCCAAUUUCUGAAGACUCACGUAUUUCCUUUUAUAAAGUAAUAUGUAUAUUUAAAUACAUGUUAAAUGUUGGUGGCAUUGCAGUGAUGGAUAUCAGCAUUUUUCCCCUCCACUGUUGUCGUUUUCUACAAUGACUGGAUAGAGGUUUGUGAAAUUUGCACUUUUCCCACUGUAACUUACAAGUUAGAUUAUUCCCCGUCAUCCAACAAAGCAAAAAACUUCGUAUGGCAGAAGUUUUAUUUUAAGUCCUGAAACAUGUGCCUCCAUCUUUUUUUCUCUCUCUCUCUUUUGACCAAAAAUUGUCAAGCAAUUGGGGUGCUGCUCAACUAUACUCCAGCCUCUGUCCGUCUCCUGGUCUUUCUGUCAGAUUAUUAUCAGUCAAAGGGGGAGUAUCGUGCACUGUACAUGUCAUAAUGCUUAUUUAUAUUUGCAAAGAACCAUAAUGGAGAAAUUAGAAUUGGGUUCAUGAAGAUGGUUGGUAAACAUUGUCAAUAUCCUUUUUAUAGUUUGUGUUCAUACAGAUAUCUUACAUUAUUUAUGUACAAAUAUAUAACUUAUCAGACUGCAGUAGUGCCCCCUAGUAAUUGGAGUACAGGUGCUCUGCUGUUUUUGUAACUACAAACUUGUGCUUUUUAUUAUAUAAGGAAAUCUGUUGGUUUUUGAAACCUGACAGGGUGACACAAAUGUUCAGCUUUGAUUUAUUUUCACUUACCAUUUAGUCUUUUGAGUUGCUAUAUUCAUGUGCACCUGCUCGACAGGACCGAUCAGUGAAUCUGACAAGUCCGGAGAAUAUUUUUUAAGCUGAAUGACAUGGGACUUCAUACAACUGCCUAAUUUGCAUCUUGAUUUCUGGAGGGAAUGCGAUAAUCCCCCUCACUACAGUUAGCCUGAUCUGCUAAUGUUUUAAGCAUUAGCCCUCUUUUAAAAUGGAACUUCUGAAGUGAUUCAGAGGGUCACCAAGUUCAAAUUAGAUCAGUGGUAAAUCUGCAUCAGUUUGGAACAAAUCCUAAUACUUAUAAGCUGUGACAGGGUCCAUCCGUACGACGGACACCUGUAAAGGUCUUUAAACAAUCCUGUGUGAGAAUCUGAAGAGAUGAGUCUUCAGUUGUAAGUGUCCUAAAUAAGAUGAUCCACUUAUAAUUGGCGGUUGCAUGUAUUUGCAUCACUGUCUGGUUGACUGUUCAUACAUAUUUGCUUGUUAAAUUAUUUUAAUUGUAUUCUCCAAAGCGUAUUUCAAGGUUGGCACAUGCCUGAGUUUUUCCCUUAAGCAGGAAGAAAUAUUUGAUUUCACAAAUAAAUGCCUUGCCCACACGCUGCUUGAUCAUAACCUUGUCUUGUUAGUAACACAGCCGUUCAUGUCGCAUUUCCAUUUCCCCUUUUCUGUCAGUUUUAUACAAUUCACUUUUGUCAGUAUACAGACUGGUAAAGUGUGAAAUAAAGGGUUGUUAAAUUUGUGGAAUGAUUAAAGGACUUCUAAUUAGAAGGAA